UUCUUAAUUUUUGUUUUUGCUACAGAAGUGGAUAUUGAACCGAAUCUUUUUGAAGGUGACAUAGUGCUGUCUCCCAAUCCGGACGAAUCAAGUUUGAAUGACCAGGAAAGGGAAAAGAGAAAUGCUCAACGGUUGAGAAGAUAUAUCUGGACGGCAAAGAUUGUUCCCUAUGAAAUCUCGGAUAUACUCAGUGAGAUGUUUCCUGCUUUAAGUUUUCUCGUGUUACUAUAAUUAGGGCGAGAACGAAGGGUUUAUUUGCGACACAUUGUACCAGAGAAGUGACAUUCAUGUUCUUCAUAAAACUUUUAAGUAUGGAAGUUUAGUUUGCUAUAUGAUGAUGUCAGUUAGCAGGUUUUUCUUACCGAUAAAUUUAGGCACUUUCUUCUUUUAAUUUGAGAAAUUAUUUUGAAACAUUUCCAUUUGUUUGAAAAAAUUAUCAAACCAAGAAAAAACUGCCCCAUAAAGUACCGUAUAAUUUGAUUUAGGAAAAUAUUAUUUUCUUUCAGAGCAAGAGGGAUAUGAACAGACUAUCCAGGAGGCCAUUAACCAGUUUACGCAACACACAUGCGUGAAAUGGAAACCACGAGAAAAUGAGGAGAGAUGGGUAACUUUUGAGAAACAAUCAGGGUAAGGAAAUGGGUUGUAGUAAGGCUAAGGUUAGUAUUUCCUUUAAAAUACCUUUGAAGAAACAGAGUUAGAAACAGAAAAAGCCUUGGCGUUUCAUCAGUGAAAAAAGAUGUGUUUCUGGUGGAGAGGAAAUCUUGCAUUUUGAGAUGUUUAUUUCUUAUCUCGUGUCCAUGUCCUUCUCAAGCAACAUUGUGUUGUAGUCUAAAAACAUUUAGCUGUAGGGGAUCUGGGUACAAGGUUUGUGUUUGAUUUGUUUUCUUCGACUCUUUUCUGUUCCCCUGCAGAUGUUUUUCAUCAGUUGGAAUGAACUACUGGGUAACUGGUUCACAAACAAUCUCUUUAGGGAGCGGUUGCAACCAUCGAGGGGUUGCCAUGCACGAGAUGAUGCACGCCAUCGGCUUUUGGCACGAACAGUCCCGCUAUGACCGUGACCAGUAUGUGGAAAUUAUGUGGGAGAAUAUUGAGCCUGGUAACUAAAUGUGAUUCAUGCCUUUCCCGGAUGUAGUUACGUCAGAAUAAGCUUAACUAAGUUUUUCAUAUUCAGCGCUUUUCUAAGGGUCCAUCCAUAUGGUUUGUAGUACUCAAGACAACCCAGAGUUACCCCGGCUGAGCUAACUUAUUUCAGCUCGGGAGGGAGAGUCGUCUCACUUCGGCAUGUAGGGAUACCCUGUUGGGUAGGAAAACUUUUUUCAUAUAAAAACUUUAGCUCGCCUACCCGAGACGAGACGGCUCAGAUUGUCUCCAGAGCCCGUGUGUUUAAGGUCGGCGGAGAUCAUUUUGUCCGAUAUGUAACUUACCUAACUGUAGCGAGAGAGGGGCUGUCGCGAGAGAGGGGCUGUCGCGAGAGAGGGGCUGUCGCGAGAGAGGGACUGUUGCGAAAGAGAGACUGGCGAGUGAACAGCUAUUAGAACUCACAACUCUAAAUGUGCGCUCUGUAGAAGUUGUUUCGGGUGGGAGGGUUGUCUAGGGUGCUCGAUACCAUGUAAGUAGGGUCCAAGUCGAAGACUAUGAAAAUGUUUAUUAGUUUUGUUCUAAGGAAAGCAAGCCGGUAAGAGGUCUGCGAGGAGUCUGGCUCUAACAAUUGAUGCUUGGGGACUAAAAUUGGGAAGAAUUUGUGUUUAGAAGGACAGGAUGUUAUUCCGAUUGUCUGUCGUUGUUGUUGUUGUUUUUUAUACAGGAAAAGAACACAAUUUCAACAAAUAUGAUACUGUGCGGAUCGAUUAUUUAAAUGAAGUUUACGACACGGGUAGCAUCAUGCAUUAUGGGAAAACUAGCUUUUCCAUAAAUGGUCAGCCAACAAUACAAGCAAUUGGUGAUCCAAAUACGAAAUUGGGUCAACGAGAUGGGUUCAGUAAAACUGAUAUCGCUCAGAUAAAUGCGCUCUAUGAUUGCUCAGGUAAGCGACUUCUCUGUAUGAUUAAAGAAGUAAAUUUCAGGUUAAAAAGAAAUGGAAUCGAAUAAAGCCCGAAGACGUUUCCACAGUUGAAGGGAGCUAAAAAUUAUAGUGAUUAAAGAUUUUCUUUGAACUGAUUCCGCUUCAUACAGCACUCAAAGCAUGAGACAAUUAUUCUUUCCCAGGCCCCAGCAACGGUUGGAGUUCGUGGACAGACUUUGGUCCGUGCAACGGUCAGUGCAGACACACACGUCAGCGGUUUUGCGCAUCACAUGAUUUAAACAACUGUCCCGGUGCAGAUUCCUACGGAAUACAAUCACAGACGGAACAAUGCAGCGACGAAAAAUGUUAUGGUAAGGACACCAACAAUAUAACCACCAAAAAUUUAAAGGUUAUUGUUAUCUGGCAGUUUGUGAACCCUGAGUGAGUCCAACUUUUUAAGCCUUUGAUUCAGAAGUGUUCCAUCUCAAAGACAGGUCUAAUACCCUCUCUCCAAAUAAUUCAAUGAAAAGGGAACAGGCAGUAUGUCUUUCUUCAAAUCACUUUUCAGCUCCGAUCGAUGGGCACUGGGGAAAGUGGUCAUCAUGGUCCUCCUGUAGUGUGUCAUGUGACGAGGGAACAUACACCAGGACGAGGCAGUGCAAUGAGCCUCAACCAAAAAAUGGCGGGAAAGAUUGUGAUGGAGAUGAUGAGCAAGUCGGAGAGUGUGUAAUGCGAGGCUGUCAUUUGGGUAAGAAAUAAAGAGCUUUUCAGGCUCCUUCGUCGAGAGGCGCAACCAAAAAAUAUCAAACCUGCCGUCUGUCUCUUCUUCUUUUCCCUCAUUGAGCUUGUCAGUGAUCCUAUUUUACAAUUGUUUUAGAGAAGCUUUCAAUUGCACUUCGUAAAACUAAAACCUUGUAAAGCGGAAAAACGCUUCAGACCAAGUCGUGAUUGAUUACAGUUUUGUACCUGAUUGGUCGAGAGGAUGGCGUGAGUUUACAGAACUAAUCACAGAACAGAGUUUGGAUGAGGUCACGUUGCAUAAGAUACGACAGAUAUGUUCACUUGGCUCAUAACUUUCUACUAUCCGACAAGCCUCAGGAGCAUAACUAUCCUAUUAACACCCACGGAUAUAUCUCAAAAUCUGUAACAAAACGAAAUCCUACCAUACCUGUGGUCCACAGUCUAUGAGCUCAGAUACCACGACCUGAAAACCAAUUAGAACUAAGAAAUUGCAAUAUACCAUGAGUUUUUUUAUAUGCAAUGUUAUAGUAAGUUUUCAGCCAGGAGAGAUAUUUCCACUGCUUCCCAAACGAAACUAUGCUUGAGUGAACGAAUUUCUUAAGGACACUUUGAAGCCAAUUGUUGAUUGAGAUCUCCCAGAAUCCUGCAAUCCAUUCUCAGUUCUCUUCUAUUUCAGGUCCUUACGACUGUGAGUUUGAGAUGGGUGGACUGUGUCACUGGACUUUUUGUGAUACAAACAAAUAUCCCAGAUGGUAUCGUCAUGAUGGACCAACCGGAAGUUCAGGGACUGGACCCGCUGGCGACCACACUUCCGGUUCAGGCAAGGCUCGUAACCAUUUGGAACUAACUAGGCCGCUUUCUUUUGUUACCUUAAGCUGUUUUCAUGUCUUAUCAGAUGAAUUUUAUCAAACUUUAAAUUCAAACAAUUUUUCCCUGUUGCACAAGUAAGCCCAGGUUUAUGCCUUAUUCAAAUAAACGAUUAACUGACAGGCUGAUAGACUGAUCGACUGACUGACCGACUGACUAAGCUCAGAGAUCAACUGACCUACUGUCUGUUUGACUGGUUGACUGGCUGACUUACUCAGCAGAGGGUAAAUAUUAACAUUUACGUGUGUUCUCUUUGCAUUUUGUUAAGGAAACUAUAUAUAUUUUGAGUCGUCUUCGCCUGCCCAAACCGGAGGCACGAAUUGCUUUUACAGUCAACUCUUUUCAGCCGGAUCUUGUCAUUCACUCACAUUCUGGUAUCACAUGCUGGGUUCUGGAAUUGGAAAGCUCUCUGUUCUAGUAAAGAAUAAUGACGGCUCUGACCAAAGAAUUGUCUGGGAAAAGUCUGGCGAACAGGGAAAUGAAUGGAAGCAAGCCAGUGUCGAGGUCACCAGUUCUGUGCCAUAUCAGGUACAUACCAUGAAUACCGUAUUUCCUCGAAUAAGCACCCACGCUGUGAUAGCGCCCUCCCCCGAAUUAGCGCCCCACCCCUCUUCCCUCAUUGUGUUUAAUAGUAGGGAUUUAAGGGAAAGCUAUUUGAUCUGGUUUUUUUUUCAAAUUAUGAAGCUUCAAUUAAAGCGGAACCAUUACAGGAGAUUAAUAAGCGCCCCCCCUACAUUUAGCGACCCUCCUUUUAGCCUAAAUUCUAAUUAAGCACCCGAGCACUUAUCCGAGGUAAUAAGGUAAUUUUCAUCGUUCGUAUAGGUAAUCAUAUGAUUUCGAGUGCAAUUUGGAAUAAAUAAGCACGAGUAAAUUUUUUUCAAGGACUAACAAAAUUGCACGAGUUUUACAAGUGCUUAUUUAUUCCAAAUUGCAUGAGAAAACUCAUGUGAUUACGUAUUAAUAAUAUACAUGAAAAAAUACGAGAUAGCUUUUCAUAAUUAUGCAGAAGCAAAGCGCGCGCAUCAGGUGCAAAAGUAACUUAUUCAAACCCGCAAGUGACAUUGUGCGUUCGGUCAAAACAACCGCGUGCGAUUAAAACAAGAAGAUACAAUGAUAUUUUCACAUCUUUAAGGCACAAAAAAGUUCAAAGUCUGACUAAACAGUUCAAGGAAUUGUUCAGUCUGGUUUGUUACUUCUUUGCACUAAAUUAACGCUCUUUUGCAUUGAAUAACCUGAAAAUUGCAUUUAUCUUAACCAAUUAGAGCUGAGUAAUUUUUUCUUGUAUCUUAUUGCAACAACAAAGACCACCUACCCCGCAACUGUGAUAUUACAAACACAGUCAUAAACCAUCCGCUCCGGCUUUUUUCCCAAAACGGUUGCAUAAUUAUAAGUUUUGAAUCUAAGAAACUUUUUUUUGGUUCAGGUGUAUUUUGAGGGUGUUCGUGGCGUGGACUUCCGAGGUGACAUUGCUAUCGACGACAUCACCUUUAAGGAUUGUUCAGUUAUAGCAACUACAUCACCCCCCGCAACUCAACCCCCUACAACUUCGCCUCCUACAGAGCCGUCAGGUAAAACUAUUUUGCCGUAAUUUAUAUUCUUGUUCCUUUUAGAGCGCUUUUCGAUUGAUUUUCCUAAAAACCAAAUGACAGCCGUUCCGGUAAAGGCAAACACUACAUAUCAAGAAAAGAAAACAUAGGCAAAGUACGCAUGCCUGAGGCACAUGAAAACGGAAAAACGAGUAACCACAAAGUGCUUGGUUUCAGUUUCGCAUCUGAUUAUUAGAUAGAGCGGCGUGUGUUUCCUAUGCAAAAGACAAAGCAAAACUGAAAUAAAGGAAAAGCAAUGUUAUCCCGGAUUGCUUUUCACACUCGAUUUAAAGGGUGUACUUCUAAGCGUUGUUUUUUCCGUAGCUCUAGAUUCCUGUGACUUCGACAGCGGAAGUUUGUGCGACUGGACCAACCAUCCCGAUAACCCAGAGCUGCCAAAUGGACAGAGGUAUGAUUGGAUGCUUCGCUCAGGUGACACACCCAGCCAAAACACUGGACCAGCAGGUGAUAAAACAGCGAAUGGACAAGGUAAAGUGUGCUCACACUUGUUUUCGUGUUCACUUCAAUUUAUCGUCAUCAGACAUCAUCGCAAUCAUUUGCAUGUCUAUAACCACGACCAAAAGAAUUAUCAGUCUCCUCUUCGUGCUCAGGUAUCACAUACGCUAUCAUUGUCAAAAGGAAAACACCUUGCACAACAGGCGUCUUCCUUGGAGGGGGGGGGGGAGGAUGGGGGGCAAUAAAGGUGAGUCAUAUUUGAGAGGAAAAACUACUGCCGCAUAUCAUAAGGAGGCGUUUCGUGCCAAGGAGUCGUGUCAAACCUGGUGCUUUUAGUGUGUUUAAGCCCAAUUCAAUUAUCUAAGUUGGUUCUGCAUGGCAAUAGUAAGGGGGUUGGAACGGGACUAAGUUUUCCUUUUUUAACAUAAAACCUAUUUGACCUUCACAACAGGAGGAUACAUUUACUUGGACAGCUCAACUGAACAUGUCAAAGCGUCUAAAGGGGCUCUGAUCAGUAAAGAGUUUCCGGGGGGCUCACCGACGUGCUUGCAUUUCUGGUAUCACAUGUACGCCAGCAAAAAGGGAAUGGGACAACUGCGGGUGUUCGUUCAAAAGGGAGCAAAAAGAUGGUUACAAUACAGGAAGGCUGGAAACAAAGGAAACAAUUGGAUUUACAAGACGAUCAAUCUACGCAAUAAAAAUAAAACGCCGUUCAAGGUAGGAGUUCAAGACUUGCAGUCAAGAUUGCUUAAGUUGUACCACAUAUAUUGCGUGGCCAAUGUAAUCCUUACAAAAAUAACUGCUGAUUUACAUCCAUUUUAAAAUUAUGACAAUAACAAUAAUGAUGAUGACGACGAUGACGAUGAAUUAUGUCGAUGACGAUGAUGACAAUGACGAUCAAUUAUGACGAUAACGAUGGCGGGGGCAUGUUAUUCUGAACUGUCUUAACCGAUAUGGUUGUUUGAUACCCAAACAGAUCGUAUUUGAAGGUGAACGAGGAAGGACUGGAAAGAGCGAUGUUGCAUUGGAUGGUAUCAAAAUGACUAACGGACCUUGUCAGUGA